CGUCUCAGCAGCUUCAGUGGAGCUGAAGCAGUUCUUUCUCCACGGCUGCUUGGUGCCCUGCUAUGAAGCUCUUCACUGUGCUCGUGGUGGUCCUGGCGGCGUGCUCGCUGGCUGCCGCUGAAGAAGCCGCUGCUAAGGAAGAAGCAACGAAGAGUGAAGAGGGCUCCAACCGACAGGGUCGGCUCUUUUUCCUGAGCAAGCUGCUGGCGGGACCUGCUGCGCUGGCCGGCGCUGGUGUCUCUAGUCUGGGACAGAGUCUGUCCAGCUUUGGCAACAGCUUGGGUGGGUAUGGAGAAACAGAAAAGACACAGGUACCUGUGGUCGUUGCCGCUCCUCAAACUACGCCCAAUGUCAUCUACGUGGCCAAGCAGCAGAAGCCUCACAAGCCACACAAAGUACAACGUAUCUGUCCCGUACCUCUCUUCACCCGCGGCUGUCCGGCCGGUCACGUUUGUGCCGUGUCUGCCGGCGGUCAGACCCAUUGCGAGGCCCAGUACCCGGAGGGAGUGACCUGCCAGACUGGCUUCCAGUGUACAAGUGGAAUCUGCCGGCGUCAAACCUGCGCUAGAGAUGAGUGCGACAGCGUCUCAGGCCUUCAGAGAUGUCCGGCCGGUCAGGAGUGUGUGGCCACCAAGGUGGGUUAUCGCUGCCACAUCAAGUCGAAGAGAGAUCUCUGCCCCAUGCUGCUGGAGCAGAUGGGAUGUACGGAGAAUCAGUACUGCGGCUCAGGACCCGACGGUAACAUCUGCAAGCCGAAGCAACAGGUUGGAGACUCUUGCACUGUGAACACCCAGUGCCUCUCCGACACUUGCCGCAACAGGAAGUGCAAGGCCGACGCGUGUCCCAUGGUCGACACGUCCAUCGACUGCACGCACACGCAGUUCUGCUCGCCGGGAGAACACGGCAACAUGUGCGUGGCCAAGAAGGACAAGGGAGCACACUGCUCGUCUCGAUUGCAGUGCAAGUCUAACGUUUGCGACGACCGCGGAGUAUGCAUUGAGGACAAGUGCCCGCACCCCUACAUGGAGGAGCGCUGUCUUCCGAACCAGUUCUGCAGCCCGGCUCCUUACGGCAACAUGUGCAUGGACAAGAGGAAGAACAACGACCAGUGCCACCAGAAUGCCGAGUGCAAGUCUCGUUUCUGCCGGAACGGUGUGUGCAAGGCCAACGAAUGUCCUACGCCGUUCUCUAGCGAGGGAUGCAACCAGCUCAUCCAAGUCUGCAUGACUACUGUCAACGGCAACGAGUGUGUGACCAAGCUCGCCAACCAACAACCCUGCAUAACAUCUGCCCAGUGCCUGCUGGGCAACUGCGUUAACGGACUCUGUUCCGCCGCUGGCGCCGGAACCCAAAUGCCCAACGGCGCCGCCUGCAGCAUGCCCACAGAAUGCGCCUCGGGCAACUGCGUCCUCCAGCGUUGCGCCGCCACUCGUAACGGCAUCAGCGGUGUCUGCAUGGACAACGACGACUGCCAGUCCAACAACUGCGUCCUCCAGCGUUGCGCCGCCACUCGUAACGGUAUCAGCGGCGUGUGUAUGGACAACGACGACUGUCAGUCCAACAUCUGUGAGAUGGGCGUCUGUAUGGCCCCCACCGCGGCCCCCACAAUGACCACAACCAUGACGCCUACAACGACCCCCACCACCAUGGCUCCCACGACCCUUGUUCCUGUAGGAGGCCGGUGCGCAAUGAACGCCGAUUGUGCCUCAACAAGAUGUACGAACAUGAUGUGCGUUGCCCUGCUUAAAAUCGGCGCCGCCUGUGGCAUGGCGACCGAGUGUGAGAGCAACAAAUGCGAUAUGCUGAUGUGUGCCAGGGGAGACGUGGCCGCGGGUGCGCCCUGUCUUUUUGACAGUCAGUGUAUGAGUGGAGGAUGUGGUACCGUUACUCCCAAUAUCUGUGUUUAGACGCCAAGUGUCCGGACUUCGCCUUCUAGGCGUCCGGACUUCGCCUUCUAGGUGUCGGGACAUCACCUCCUCCUAGACCCUAAUGGCCUUUUCACAUGCGGAGCGUAAACGCGAUGGGAGCGUAGGCGGAUCGUGAAACCCCAUGUUAAAGUAUUGGUGCUACAUAUGUUCACGCUCCGCUCUUGUGUUUAAUCAAAUAUCGUUUCACAUUCCGUAUGUGAAACGGCCUUAAGGCUUCGAGAGCAUUUGUUGUUUUCCCAUUUCGCCCGAAACAUGCGAAAGAGCACCUCAAAACUCUGCGUGUAAGCUUUGACGUAGCUAUUUUCAUCCCUUUGAUGUAUGGUCCACUACUCUUCCCGAUAUUUCGUUCCGGAAUUUUGCAAUUCCUGCCAGCUUUGCUGGGGUUUGAUAUGCGAGGUGGCUACCCAUUUGUUGCGAUUUUUCCGACUGGGAUCGUGCCUUGUGUGCGACGUCGGAGCCCAAGUUGUUGCUUUACAUGUUGCAGUGUUGCCGUAUCGUCCUGUCCGUUGUGUAAAUGUCGUCCUGUCCUUUGUGUAAAUGUCGUCCUGUCCUUUGUGUAAAUGUCGUCCUGUCCUUUGUGUAAAUGUCGUCAAUGUUUCUUUGCAAAUCGUGUCGUUGCUAAUUGUUAAAGUGCCAACCGCCAAGCUUAUGUUAUGCUACGCUUUCUUAGCCAUGAAGGUGAGCAUUUCUUAGCCAGCUCAAUUAUUAGAAAAUGUAGGUUGCUGUCGAAGUGUCAUAUGGUUUAUUAUUAAACAUUGCUUUAGUUUGCCAAUACCGUACUAGUUCCAUAGUCUCAUUCAUGUUUGCUUUUGUAUUGGCGUCAUUUUUUGUGUUGCUUAGCCUGUAAUGCCUGCAAUAAGUGUUGUUAAUACAUUCACU